AUGCCCACCGUGAAGAUGAAGACAUUUCCAUCUCCCAAGAGAGCUGCCUUCGCCCUCCAGUCGGACCCCCAGCCCCUCCCCACGCCCUCCCCCUCUCCCAGUCAUCCGCUCAACUGCUACUGGUCCCGUCCAUUCGAUUUGCCUGUUCUAGAAGGGCACAAGGGGUCCGCAGAGACCAGGAGCGGGGAGGGUCGCAAUGGGCAGACGAUGCAGGCCGACUGGGUCUGCGGACACCGGGCCCAGCCAGAGGCCCCUUGGCUUCAUGCUGAGUGGAAACCAAACCAGAGCCACGAGGAGAAGGCAGCAGAGUUCACCAAGGACACGGCCGAACCCAUUCUGUACUGGUGGCUCCCCCAGAGGAAUGGGGCACAGACUCCCAGCCCUCCCACGCUCAUCUCAGAAUGUGCCCCAUCGAGUCUGACAAACGACCCCCGACACGAAUACCGGGAGCGAAGGGACCAAAAAGGAACCAAAGCCUCAAGCGAGAAAACUGGGGACAGCGCCAAGCUGGGAGAGGCCCCCACCACCUCCCCACCCGGCUCGCCCCAGCCCUGCCCCAGCCCUAGACGCAGGCAGAGCGGGAACGGACAUGGCCCCGCCAGGCUGGGCGGAGCGCGCCCGAACCUGCCCGGCCGAGCGGCGCAGCCCAGGGACCCCACACGUUCCGGCCUCCAGGCCCCGCGGUCGGGAAACGGGGGUGUGCCCCAAGCCGUCUCCUGUGGCGGGCAACCCAGGGCCACCCCCUCUGAGGAGCUGCCACCAACCCUCCCCUCCGUAACCCUCUCCCGGCUUCUUUUCAGAGCAGUGAGUCCCGCAGGAGCUGGCCCCUCCGUCUGCGGGGAUUUCCCUCCCUCCACGAACACCGACGGACCAACUACCACGUGCGCCAGGUGCCGGGCUGGCGCGGCCGUGGACAAACAGACCCUGCGCUCGCGGAGCGGCGAUCCCCGGAGCAGGGAUCGGGUGAUCUCGCCAGGGGCACGUAGGAAGCCCACACCCAGGUGUCCUCCCAGGCGCUGUCGCCAGGCCCGGCCGUAAAAGAAGAGGAUGAAACGGCCUGGGCUGCAGGGAGCUGGGCCCGAGCCGGCCGGGAGCCCCGGGUCUGCAGCUUCCGGCGAGGUGCAGCGGCGGGGAAGGGCCCGCCAGGAAGGCGCACACGCUGGCCACGCCAGCCGGGCGCGCGGACUGCCACGCGGUGACACACACGAGCCACCGAACGCACGCAGGCACACGGCCUCGGGCCUCCGCUCCAGACGCACACGCGAGCCUCGGCCAACACCUGUCCUCCCUCGCGCCGACCCUGCUCCAGACGCCAGCAGAUCCCGGCGGGGAGCGGGGCUCGGGGAGGCCAAGUCCAGCGGGUGGGAGCGCCUGGCGAGGGGGAGGGUCCCGCCGGCCCGGAGCCUCCGCCGCCCGGCCCGGGGGCCGCCGUGCGAGUCCCCGCCGCCCCCCGCAGGCCCCGCUCGCCGGUGCACGUUGCCCCUGUGUAGACACGCCGUUCACCAACACGUGCACAGGCGUGGCCCCAGUUAGUCACCUUCGGUGAAGGCCCGGACUCUCACUCCGUUUUCAAAGCCCCUUCGCUCGGUACCCACGUGUGUCGGCGCACACGCGCGCGCUCAGGCACGUCACUAGCGCCCUUUGGCGCACUGGAAACGAGAGAGAACGCCCAGGAGCCCGAAUGUCCCUCGCUCGCGCUGUUAAUGACGGGCAGAGGCGCCCUUAGCCCCGGCCGCACGCGUGACACACUCGAUCACACAGGGUCGCACUUUAUUCCCGGCAUCCAGGCGAUGACACAAUCUCCCGAACAAAGACAACAGUGACAAACCCAACAAAAACAAACAGCGCGUGUGCGGAGGGGCGGCCGAGCCCGGGCGUGCCAGGCUCGGGAAAGGUGCGCGGCCUGCGGACGACCUUGCGGCCCGCCAGACCCGCGCGUUCGCAGACCUGCACGUGC